AUGACAUUACCCAGCAACUACUCCACUGCUCCAGUCUCCGAAUUCCUCCUCAUCUGCUUCCCUAACUACCAGAGUUGGCAGCACUGGCUGUCCCUGCCCCUCAGCCUCCUCUUCCUCCUGGCCAUGGGGGCCAAUGCCACCCUUCUGAUCACCAUCUGGCUGGAGGCAUCUCUGCACGAGCCCAUGUACUACUUGCUGAGUAUCCUCUCUCUGCUGGACAUUGUGCUCUGCCUCACUGUCAUCCCCAAGGUCCUGGUCAUCUUCUGGUUUGACUUUAGGUCCAUCAGCUUCUUUGCCUGCUUCCUCCAGAUGUUUAUCAUGAACAGUUUCCUCCCCAUGGAGUCCUGCACAUUCACGGUCAUGGCCUAUGACCGCUAUGUGGCCAUUUGUCACCCACUACGAUACAAAUCCAUCAUCACUAACCAAUUUGUGGCCAAGGCUAGUGCUUUCAUCGUGGCUCGGAAUGCUUUGUUGCUUUCGCCUGUCCCCAUUCUCUCUGCCCAACUUCACUACUGUGGGAAAAAUGUCAUUGAGAACUGCAUCUGUGCCAACCUGUCUGUGUCCAGGCUCUCCUGUGACGAUUUCACCCUUAACAGAAUCUACCAAUUUGUAGCUGGUUGGACCUUAUUGGGCUCAGAUUUUAUUCUCAUUUUCCUCUCCUACACCUUCAUUCUAAGAGCUGUACUUAGAUUCAAAGCCGAGGGGGCUGCAGUCAAAGCCCUGAGCACAUGUGGCUCCCACUUUAUCCUCGUCAUCUUUUUCAGCACCAUCCUGCUAGUUGUGGUGUUGACAAAUGUGUCCAGAAAGAAGGUCCCCAUGGACAUCCUGAUCUUGCUCAAUGUCCUUCAUCACCUCAUACCUCCUGCUUUGAACCCUAUUGUUUAUGGGUUUCAAACCAAAGAGUUAAAGCAAGGGUUUCAGAAGUUGUUGCAGAAAGGCCUUUAA